ACGAUCUGCUUUGCAACAUGGAUCAACGUGAAGCUUGGGACCGCUUCUACGCCCGGAGGCAGAAAAACGGACCUCCCCAUCCAUUUGACUGGUUCUUUGGCUACAAAGAGAUCUCCACGCUUCUCGGCUCCGUUCUUGGGGGGCUGCCCUCUGGCCAGACGCGGGUCUUAGAUGUCGGCUGUGGCGCUUCGUCCUUGUGCUUGGAGCUCUACCUCCGCUCGCCCAUCCAGCUUCAUGUCUCUUGUCUGGAUUUUUCCUCCGCAGCCAUCCAGUGUCUCGCACAGAUGCUGCGGGAGAGCCCUCCGCCGUGCCACCCGCGGUCCGAGCUAGAGUGCCACCUGGGCGAUGCCACCGAGCUAUCCCGCCUCUUUGCUUCGGAGUCUUUCCACUUAGUUCUCGACAAAGGGACCUGCGAUUCGGUCCUACGGGGAUGCCCGCAGCGAGCGAGACGCUUAGUGUCCGAGUGUCUACGAGUCCUGAGGCCGGAGGGAUGCCUCGUCCAGAUCUCCGACGAGGAUCCGGAUGCCAGGGUGCCGUUCCUGGAAACGGCCGGCGGAGCCAACAUCAACGUCGGGGAGAUCGCCAACGUUAGCGGCAUCUCAUAUUAUGCUUACACACUUAGCCUCAAAGCUCCAGACCCAUCAGAUGUGGGGCAGCCCUCCAAGUCUCCGAGGAAUCCAUCAUUGAGUGAAAUCUAACAACAGACGUAACUUACAACACCCAUAUAUCUUUUAUCUCACACUCCAGUCGUUUAGAGGUGGUUAAUUUUAUUGUUUACUAGCUGAUAACCCGGCAUUUCCCGGGUAUUUAUAGACAUUGGU